AUGCAACUGGCACCCAACAUCCCCAUCCCCCUCGAUACCAUCCGAUAUGCCUAUGCGGAACUGGGCCAUCUUGUCAACAGUGAUUUAUGCACCCAGCUUGGCGAUGCUGCCUGCCUUGGGGAAUGCAAGCGAGAGUGCCUGAAUCUCUUGCAGCUUGUUCAACAGCAUACAAGAAAUAUCCCACCAGAAGAAUAUUGGAUCAUUGAGGAGGGCAUUCAACUCAUGGUUUUGUCUCUCGACAAUGCAAGCCAGACAUCUAAUGAUGUACCGGAUAUGCCACCUGUGGCCGCGUCCCAACGAGUCUAUACUGGACAACCUGGACACCCCUGUGUUGACAUCGACCCCGAUCUUCUUCGAAUGGCUGUCAACCUGGAGGGUGGUCCGACAUCUCUUGCUGCUGUCUUCAAUUGUGCCCCCAUGACUAUCCAACACAGAGCACUUGAGCUCAGGAUUGUUGAACCUGGACCACCAGUUUAUGUGGAGUAUGAGCAUGCCAAUGGAACUAUCACCCGGAUUUAUCGUUCCUCAACAAGGGCCGUAUCUGACAUCGAUGACCCAGAGCUUGACCAGAUCAUAGCCUCCAUCCUAGAGGCAUUUCCGUUGUUUGGACACUGA